AUGAGCGUCUUUAAGACUUCCGCAACAGAUCGAAGCACUGCCGAAAGUGCUCUCCUCGAGCAUGUGGACAAUCGCCGAGUCAUGUUCGAGUACAACAGUCAGAAGGCAAUACUCUGGUUACGACCUUAUAUGACAUACGGCAGACUCGCCGAACUGCUUGGAGCGAUUUUUGGCAUUCCACGGGAUCACAAAAUUACAUUCAUUUUUAGCGCUGGUACCGAAUCUGUCACGGGUGUGGCUGAUUCCAAGUCACCGCAAGUGAAUAUGGAAUUCGCCACAGCUCGUUUGCCAGGUGUCGUGCUACUCACCUCUUCACCGCAGACAUCCUAA